GUUAACCGUGCCGUAAACCCACUGUGUCCUUGAGGCUUUAACUGGGUCAGCUGGCUUCAUUUUCGUCGGAGAGUUUCGGAAGGUCAUACAUCUAUACUAUUUGAAAGACCGUACCGUUGUAGACGUCUGCUCUGCUUUCCUAUUAUACAAGUUUUGUUUGAGAGAGAGAGAGAGAGAGAGAAAGCAGACAUCACAUUGGGAAAUAUGGUGGGCGCGUGAUUUUAAACAAAAUAUUCCAUUCGAACAGUCGCAACUGCCGGGGUCACAGUUACAGAUAGAUAUUCAAAAUGUCUAUGACUGAAAGCCAGGUUGAGGAAGUGAUGUCCUCCCAAGAGAUUGAAGACACAGACCUCACCACUUUGGCUUUAACGCAUGGAGCUGAGCAAUAUGGCUCGAGUGACUACGAAACUCUGGCAAACAUAGAAGCUGAGUUGGAAAGUAUGCACGCAGAGGAAGUUGUUACGACAGAGUCAGAAGAACAAUCGGCUGUAGAGCCUUCAGUCGAGAGUAUUUUACCAGACAUUGAAAUGGCUGAGGUUGAAAAAGAGCCACCAACCAAACAAAUUAUCUAUACUACUGCUAGUAGUCUAGCUAAUCCAAAUACACCAAGCUUAUUUCUACAAACAAAACCAACUCUUCAGAGAGUGAGCCCUGUUAGUACUGCUAGUACUACUACUACAAUCCCAAUAAAACCAAAUAUUGGUCAAACCAAUCAACAAAGUCAAUCUAUAAUGAUUGUUACUCCAGCCGUGGGUGGAGGUGGGAGUCAAAUUUUAAAAAUAUCACAUCCAGCUUCUGCUUCUCCAUCUCAGUUACAAUCAAUAGCUCAGAGCUUAAUACAAGGAAAGUCAACUGAUGGAAGUAUUAUACAAAUCAGACCACCAGGAACGAAAACAAAUAUCGUUGCAAAAACAUCGGGAAACAUUGCAACAGGACACUCUCAGAGCGUUAAAACUGUGCAAUCAGGAAAGCGGAAUCAACAAAAUGUUCAACAAAACAAAAAUGUAUAUACAACCAAAAUGUAUGUGACAAAUACUCAACCGCAAAAUGCACAGCAACUCUUAAUUGCUUCUUCGCCAACUGAUAGUCAACAAGGAGAAACUCUUAAAUUUCUGAGUAGUAAUUCAAAUCUAAAUGUGCAAAAUAGUCCUACCAAAACCAUUACUCUAGCGCAAGCCCAACAAAUGGGCCUCUUACCGGCUGGCAAAGUACAACAAAUUUUGCCUUCCACGCAAAAACAAACUGGAAUACUUGUUAAUAAGUUGGUCCAAUCUACUACUGCUCAACCGGCAAAAUUUAUUAUUUCCAACAGCACUACCAAAUCUCCUGCAAAGAUUUUACCAGCUCCAAGUACGUCAGGACACUCCAAAUUAAGUUUCAACAAGACAUUGCAACAAAAUUCGCAAAAAGUUAUAAUCAAACAGAAUUCCUUAAAGCAAGGAGUAGUCCCGAACAGCAAUUCAAUCAUAAGGAUACCAGCAAAUCAAGCAUUGAAUUCUAAUCAGGUGUAUCAGUUGCAAGUACCUGGUGAACAGGUGCAGUACGUUCGAUUAGUAAGUACACCGACUACAGGAACAAGUAACGUUGUAACAGUCGGCAAAACGAAAAUUACGGCUGCUGUACCAACAAUUUCGCAUAAAGCUAGUGGUCAGCAACCGCAACAAAUCGUCAAAGUUGUUCCACUGAAUACUAGUAGCAAUCAAACAACUCUGAGAACCGUAGCACCAAAAACGUCAGUGUCAAAUACUACUCAGAGAAUAUUAAUUCCAGCAACUACGAGUGUAGGAACUGGAUCAUCAAAAACCACACUUACUCUUCCAGCUUCUGCUUUGAGUCAAAUUGCAACUGGACAAGCCGUAAUAUCAACAAAUGCCAAUGUUGGCAAUAUAGUAGUUUUGCCAGCUCAGUAUCUUCAGCAAACGGAAGAGGUCAAAACUAAGCCUCAAUCCAAUACUCCAACGUUAUUGAAUACAUCUCAUGGGUCACAAAGUUCUAUUCUAGCAAAUUCUUCAACGAUUUCGUUAUCCGAUUCCAAGCCAUCAAAAUUGUUAAAUAACUCCGACGCAAAUGGUGGUAUCAGACCGCGUAAGCCGUGCAAUUGUACAAAGUCGCAGUGUUUAAAAUUAUAUUGCGACUGCUUCGCUAAUGGUGAGUUUUGUCACAUGUGUAAUUGCAAUAACUGUUCUAAUAACCUCGGAAACGAGGAAGAACGACAGCGAGCCAUCAAGUCAUGCUUGGAACGCAAUCCCAACGCAUUCCGUCCGAAAAUCGGAAAAGGCCGUGAUACAGGCGAAGACAUCAGAAGACACAACAAAGGUUGCAAUUGCAAACGCAGCGGCUGUUUGAAGAAUUAUUGCGAGUGUUACGAGGCUAAGAUCCCGUGUUCUGAAAAUUGUAAAUGUAUCGGUUGUCGAAAUGUGGAAGAACCAGCGGUUCACAAAAAAUCUUUGAAAGAUUUGGCUGAAGCUGCCGAGGUCAGGACUGCACAAUUGACUUCUUUCAAUAAAACUAAGUUACUGCAAAUUCCUGAUACAACCUUUAGGCCUGCUGCUGCUUCAAAUGCUGGUGCAAGACAACCAUUUAAUUUUUUGACUGACAAAGUCGUAGAAAUGACUUGCCAAUGUCUGAUGGCUCAGGCUGAGGAGGCCGAGAGAAAUAUGUGCGAUGACGAAGUAUCGCAAAAAUUGAUCAUUGAAGAAUUUGGACGAUGUUUAAAAGAGAUCAUCGAGUCUGCACACAAAGCUGAGGCUACUUAGCAAAACAACCCUACGAAAUAUAACAAUGUUAAUUCACUUCAAUGUUUUUCAUAGCUUAUCAAAUGUUUUAAAAUAUUUUCUAUGCAAAUACUUGAAUAUUAUACAGUAAAUGUGAUAAGGUAUGUGAUCCAGUAAAUAUUAUACAGUAUAUGGAUCAAUCACAUACUUGAAUGACGUUUUUGGUGAUCUUUAAAGUACUGUAUGAUAUACAGUCACCCUACUGACUCUGUUGUUGAUAAGAUGUAUUUUUCAUCAUAUUUAUACAUUUUAAGGUGUAUAGUUCGAAGUGAUUUUAGGUUUCAGGAAAUAAAUUGUACAAAUUGAAAAUCUUUUAAAUAAAUACCUAGUAUUUCAAAA